AUGGCACCAAAGAAGGACCCUAAGGCUCCGGUCAAGAAGGCCGAGCCCGCAGCAGCUCCAGCCCCGGCAGCUGCCCCGGAGCCCGCACCUGCUCCCGCAGCACCUGCCGCUGUCGACCUGUCCGCCGUCAAGGUGGAAUUCAGCGCAGACCAGAUGGAUGACUACAGGGAGGCCUUCGGUCUGUUCGACAGAGUUGGUGACGCAAAGGUGGCUUACAACCAGAUCGCCGACAUCAUGCGCGCUCUGGGACAGAACCCCACCAACAAGGAGGUGAACAAACUGCUGGGAAACCCCACCGCUGAUGACAUGAUCAACAAGAGAGUAGACUUCGAGGGUUUCCUGCCCAUGCUCCAGAGCAUCAUCAACAGCCCAAACAAGGCCGUGUUCGAGGAUUACGUUGAGGGUCUGCGCGUCUUCGACAAGGAGGGCAACGGCACAGUGAUGGGUGCUGAGCUGCGUAUUGUCCUGUCAACACUGGGAGAGAAGAUGACUGAGGCUGAGAUCGAUUCUCUCAUGGUAGGACAGGAGGACGAGAACGGCUGUAUCAACUAUGAGGCCUUUGUCAAGCACAUCAUGUCCGUGUAA